CUGCCUGUAAGCUGCAGUCUGUACUAUGUAAAGCAAUAACCUUCCACAUUGCAACUGUUUGUCCACAGUUUGGAGAGAAAGUAAUGCAUGUGAAAAGAUUGUUUUUGACAUAUCCAUCAAGAUCAACAUAAUAUGAAGGAAAAGAACAGGAAUUACAAUAUUAUUAUCGAAUGUUGCAAAUUGAGCUUUUGCAAACGCCUCUGAAAGAACUUGGAUUAAUUUUUAAAUGUACUUUCCAGCUGAAUACUUUGGACUACCAUAGGAUAGCCAUGUCAUACCACUUCUCUUGUUUCAGUGUGUUUACAUUGAAAUUAUCAAAUCAUCCAAUUUGGACUGAUACCAAAAAUCAAGGGUUUGCAUCGUAUUUAUUGUCGCCUUUCCAACUGGUUUGCACCAUUCUGUUGAGUUUGAUGCUUCCACAUUCAGUACAAUGUGCAACGUACAAAGUGGGCAUCAUAGGACCGUGGAGAUGUGACCCAAUUUUUGCUAAAGCUCUUCCAAAUGUUGCUGCCAAAUUAGCUAUUGAUCGAAUCAACAAGGAUUCCUCCUUAAGUCUUGGCAACCACUUUGAUUAUGUGAUACUAAAUGAAGACUGUCAGACCUCCAAAGCUUUAGCUGCUUUCCUUGAUUAUUCAGAACUAGCAUCUGGAUUCAUUGGUCCUACAAAUCCGGGCUAUUGUGAUGCUGCUUCUCUGUUGGGAAAGAAUUGGAAUAGAAUUAUAUUUUCAUGGGCUUGUAUAAACUAUGAAAUGGAUGAUACUCUGAAUUAUCCAACCUUUAUGAGAACUUUACCAUCUCCAACAAGAGUUCUCUUCACAGUGAUGAAAUAUUUUCGGUGGGCCCAUGUAGCCAUCAUCUCAUCAAUGGAAGACAUUUGGGUGGAUACAGCUGUGAAAGUGGCUAGUGCCCUCAGGAAACAGGGCCUGCCAGUGGGAGCUGUGCUUUCAAUGGACAAUGAACCAGGGACUGUCAGAAGCACUCUCAAAAAAAUAAAAACUAUCGACAAAGUUCGCAUGAUAAUCAUGUGUAUGCACUCAAUUUUUAUCGGAGGUGAGGUGCAGAAACACCUUUUGGAAGUUGCCCAUGAUUUGCAGAUGACUGAUGGCAGCUACGUGUUUAUACCAUAUGACACUCUUCUUUACAGUCUCCCGUACCAAAACACUCCCUACCCAGUGCUGGUGAACAAUUCAAAGCUCCAGAAAGCAUAUGAUUCAGUGCUAACAAUCACUGUGGAUUCUGCAAAAAUGUCAUUCCACCAGGCAUUUCAAGAACAUGUGCAGAGCCGGGAAAUUAUAACACACUUGAAGCCUCACCAGGUAUCCCCACUAUUUGGUACAAUCUAUAAUGCAAUCUAUUUUCUUGCCAAAGCUAUGGAGAACAAUAGAAAACACCAAGCCUGGAUGUCUGGCAGCAACAUAGCUAAGUUUGCCAAGGACAUAAGAUUUGAAGGCUUUAAUCAGAGGAUUUGGACUGAUAAAAAUGGGGACAGCUUCACUGAUUAUGUCAUCCUGGACACUGAUGGUAAAGGAACCGAACUGUAUCACACUUACAUUGUAGAUAUGGAAACAGAUCUAAUACAAUUGACAGGCCGAACAAUUCAUUUUCCCAAUGGAGUCUUGCCAAAAACAGAUUCUGCAUGCUGGUUUACCCGUGGGAAAAUCUGCACUGGAGGAAUCGAUCCUUUCUUUGCUGUAACAGUGCCAUUGAUGAUCAUCUUUGCUGUGCUUUUCAGUAUGGGUCUUGUCUACUGUAUAAGACGCAGAAUAAUUCAACUUAAAUUACUGAAGGGUCCUGAUAAAAUAUUACUGACACUCAAUGAUGUAACAUUUAUAAACCCACAGCUCAGCAAGAAGAAAAUCAGUGGUGAAGACAGCCAACUUAGUGAAGGGGGACAAAGUGGAUCUGAGACCAGAAGUAGAAAAUCUCCCAUGUGGUCACUAUCAAUGAGAAGUCUUACUCCUGCCACCCAUGAAAACUCAAAUGUAGCUGUUUAUGAGGGUGACUGGGUUUGGUUGAAGAAGUUUCCUUACGAAGAAUAUGGAAAUAUUAAGCCAGGCGCAAGUGCUAUGUUUGAAAUGAUGAAGGAUUUUCGACAUGAAAACAUAAAUGUUUUCCUUGGAUUCUUCUUUGACUGUGGGAUGCUUGCUAUUGUGACUGAGUUCUGUACCCGUGGAAGCCUGCUCGAUCUGCUGAGAAAUGAAGAUGUGAAAUUGGACUGGAUGUUCAAAUCAUCACUACUGCUGGAUCUGAUCAAGGGCAUGAGGUAUUUACACCACCGAGAAUAUGUACAUGGAAACCUCAAGUCAAGGAAUUGUGUUGUAGAUGGACGCUUUGUCCUAAAGGUGACAGACUAUGGAUAUAUUGAAGUGGCCAAAGCCCAGAACAUUCCAUUGAUGGAACCUCCAGCAGAAGAAUUCCUUUGGACUGCUCCUGAGAUACUACGGAAGCCCAAUCCUUUAAUGAAUGGUACCUUCAAGGGUGACAUUUAUAGUUUCGCAAUCAUAAUGCAAGAGGUGGUAAUACGAGGUCCACCGUACUGCAUGUUUGAUCUCUCUGCAGAAGAAAUUAUUGAGAAUGUAAAAAAGCCUCCUCCUUUGCUCAGGCCUAUUAUUACACAAGACCAUGCUCCCAUGGAGUGUAUCCAGCUAAUGAGGCAAUGCUGGAAUGAAAUACCUGAAAGAAGACCAUCCUUUGAUGAAGUCUUUGAUAAUUUCAGGAAUAUCAACAAAGGUAGAAAAACCAAUAUUAUCGACUCUAUGCUGAGAAUGCUUGAACAAUAUUCCAGUAAUUUGGAAGAUCUCAUAAGAGAACGAACUGAAGAGUUAGAAAUAGAAAAGCAGAAAACAGAGAAACUUCUGACACAGAUGUUACCUCCAUCAGUUUCAGAGUCCCUGAAAACUGGCUGCACUGUUGAGCCUGAAUACUUUGAUCAGGUAACCCUGUACUUCAGUGACAUCGUUGGUUUUACAACAAUAUCAGCAAUGAGUGAACCUAUUGAAGUGGUCGACCUCUUGAAUGAUCUCUACACACUGUUUGAUGCUGUAUUAGAAAACCAUGAUGUCUACAAGGUAGAAACCAUUGGAGAUGCUUACAUGGUGGUCUCUGGCCUUCCAACAAGGAAUGGUAACAGGCAUGCAGCUGAAAUUGCAAACAUGUCUCUGGAUAUCCUGAGUGCGGUGGGCACCUUUAAGAUGAGGCAUAUGCCGGAUGUGCCAGUUCGAAUAAGAAUAGGUCUGCACUCAGGGCCAUCUGUUGCAGGAGUUGUGGGUCUGACCAUGCCGCGGUAUUGUCUAUUUGGAGAUACAGUCACUACAGCUUCUCGCAUGGAAUCCACAGGACAACCUUAUCGCAUUCAUGUCAAUCACACAACUGUUAAAAUUCUUAUAAGUCUGAAUGAAGGUUAUAAGCUGGAGCCUAGAGAACGAACUGAGCUGAUGGGCCAAGGCUUUGAGCAGACCUACUGGCUGGUAGGGAAAGAAGGUUUUACCAAGCCAUUACCGAAACCUCCAGAAUUGAAGCCAGGGCAAAGUACUCAUGGUUUGCAGAUGGAAGAAAUGGCAAGAUACAAACAAUUGAAAGCACAAAAACAGCAAAAAGCAAGUAUCCCAGCCUUGACAGCCUAAAGGAAAUAACCUGUCUAUGAAGAAGGCAACAUACAUGCACUAUGUGGCAGCACAGCUCCUGCAACAGGAGAACCAUGAUAGCUUCACAGAUGGCAACCUUAAUCUUCAUCCACUGAUUAAGAGGCUGCAUCUGAUUAACAAUGACACUCUGAAACGUUAUUCUUAGUAGUAUUAAGACUACUGCAGCAGAUAAAUCAGAAGUAGAUUACUAAAAAUAAUCUUGAAGGAAAGUCUAAAACUCAAUUUCAUGCCCAUUUUCCUCAGUAGUGACAAAUGUAGGAAUUUGGUGACUGAAUAUUACUGGAAUGAAGGGCUUUUCACCUUAGCACAUAAAAACAAAAAAAAUCCAACAUGUAGCAGAGACUUUUUGUGCUUGAAUCUAAGAUUUCAGAAUAUCUAAAGCUUCUUCCAACUGUGGGUAAGCUUUAUUUGUUAGGAAGCUUUUCAAACACCAAACAUCAUGACAAAUUACUUUUCUCAAGGCCUUUGUGCUGCAUGUCAUUAUAAAGUAACAUUAACCCUGAAAAAAAAAUCCCAAUGUAUAUUAUUGUAAUAAUCCCAGAACAUAGAUAGCAUCACACAAAUAUAUUGAAAAAUUGUCGAGUAUGCAUAUGUGUAUAUUUUCUAACUGUAGAAGGAAUUCCUACUGGUAGCACACUAUUUAAAUUUGUCUUUACCAUUCCACUAUGAACAGUAAUCAAAGGGAGACUUCCUCUGGUACAGAUUGAAGAAAAUUUUAUGUACCAAUUCAGGUGUUGGUAGUCUUGAUGUGUUGUAAAAUGAAAUACCAUCAAUUACAUUGUCCUCGCAUCUACAUUCCUGAAAAUGGUGCAUUGAAGUCUAGGUGCUGAGUUGUAUACAGUAUUUUUUGGUAUUGUACAAAUUCAGGUAUUAUACCAUUGUUACCUCUACCCUGACUUGUCUGUGUGCCGUGUAAUUUUGUAAAAUAAAAUCAGUUAUAUGCAA